AUGAAGUUCCUCAGCAUUGUUACUUUUUUUGUUUCUUCCAUCGMCGCGCUUCCCACUACCAACAACUUAUCGGAACGCCAGUCCAGCAUUGUUGUCGUAUCUGGUCCAGGAGGAAAUGUCUUGCCGAGAUAUGAGGUCCGACAGCUCAAGGACAAGUUCUACAACCAAUGGGUUCUUUUCAUUCUAGCGGUGGCACAGAUGCACACCACAUCCCAGUCCAGCCCAGUUGGAUAUUACGGCAUUGCCAAUGUUCAUGGCGUCCCUCGAGAUGAUUACAACGGCGUCCGACAAUGCAGCAGCUGUGGCGGCACCGACGGAUAUGGAACYCACAACAGUGUUCUUUUCCCUCCAUGGCACCGUGUCUACAUUGCUCUCUUCGAACAGGAGAUGAUCAAGGUUGCCAAGUCCAUUGCCAACUCAUACCCUGCAUCGAACAGACAGACAAUGGUCAACGCUGCCAACCAAUUACGUAUGCCUUACUGGGACUGGGCUGCUGCCCCAGGAAACGGCAGGCCCGUUUUCCCAUUGAUGAUUUCCGACGUGAGCGUCACAGUUCCCGGCCCUAACGGACAGAAGACCUUUACCAACCCUCUGUUCCGCCACGACUUCCAGGAUCCUAGUGGAUUGUACUACGGCAACCCUCCAUUCACCAAGUGGAAGAGAACCUACCGCUGGCCCAACAACCUCAGCGACAACCCCACCAGCCAGAAUGACAAGGUUGCAAACACCUACCAGAACAACCGACAGAACUUGGCGGAUCAGAUGUACUCCCUCUUCACGCSUUGCAACGACUACCUGCACUUCUCCAACGACAUGGCAGGAUCUAGCAGCACAUCAUGCUCCACCAGUUYGGAGAACAUUCACAACACCGUCCACUCCAUGGCUGGAGGCCCUGACAACACUGUUGCAGGCCACAUGACCUUUAUCCCAAUUUCUUCUUACGACCCUCUCUUCUGGCUCCACCACACCAACAUCGACCGCUACUUCGCCAUGUGGCAGCGCCUGCACAGCGGUUACGUUACCAACCAGGUUCAGCCCACCGCCACCUGGACCAUCGCUCAGGGUUCCACCCAAGGAAUCGACUCCCCAUUGACUCCCUUCUACAAGGACACCUCCGGAAACUUCUGGACCGCCCGUCAAGUCCAGGAUUGGACCGUCUUCAAGUACACCUACCCCGAAUUCUCCAACUCGGACGGUUCCUCCGCCUCCAUCUCUCGCUAUGUCAACAACCUCUACGGCCCCAACGCCAACGCCGUCGCCGGCUCCUCCAAGCGCGACGCAUCUCCUCAACUCGGCGGUCUCGGCAAACUCCUCCAGAUCGGAAACCCGUUGGUUGCCAACAACGGUUCUGUAUACGAGUACACCGCCAACAUCAAGACUCCCCGCUACUACUUUGGCAGCUCCUACACCAUCUUCAUCUUCAACGGCGCUCCCGCAUCCGAGGAUCCUCUGAACUGGUACUUUGACGAGAACCUCAUCGGACCCAUGGGUGUCGCCGCCGGCGUCGGUGGUCAAGACGCACAGAGCAUGAGCAUGCACCCAACCGAUCUCAUCAUCUCCGGCUCCGUCCCUCUGACCCGCACUCUGCAAAAGAUGGUCGGAAACGCAGGCAUGCUCACCGGUCUCGCACAGGCGCUCGUGGUGCCUUAUCUGAGCAAGAACCUACAGUGGAGAAUUCUGGCGAACGGACAGAGCGUGGACCCCGCUACCGUUCCGGGCUUCUCGGUUACAGUCGCGAGUUCCACGGCCAGUCAGCCCCAGAGUGAUGAUGAGCUGCCCACGUUCUCCGACUUUGUGAAUUUGUUGGAUGUUACGCAGGGUAAGGCUGGAGGUGGCAAUGCCUCGACUCUGGAGAUGAACUUUAGCUUGUCGUUUUAA